AUGGCUUCCAAAUACACAUAUUCAUUCUUCCGCAUCUCAAAGACGGACGGAAUUAGCGCCUCCGCUCAAAAAUACCGAGAACUGCGUCUGCAGGCAUUGAAAACCUCACCUGGCUCUUUCUCCUCGACAUAUGAGAUCGAAUCAGCUUUCAUUGACACUGAUUGGAUUGAUCGCCUCACGGUCCCCGACCGCGAAGUCUUUAUUUGCGCCGCUACGCCAAUCGACCAGGAUCCGUCAUGCCCCAGUGACAUCCAAUGGGUCGGCCAGGUCACUCUCCGAGGACCUGCAUCCAGUGCUGAUUUCGAGCUACCCCCGGAGGCUGGUCAGCCUCCCCAGCGGUCCGAUGAAGAGGAAGAGCGAUGGCAGAUGCUGAGCUUGUUUACACUUCCUGAACACCGCGGUCGUGGAUUGGGUGGCAAAUUAUGCCAAGCGUCAAUUGAUUAUCUCCGAUCAUAUAGAUCAUCUCCAAAAGAUGUUCAAGUCCGGCUUAUUGUUAAGGCGGGCAAUGAUGUUACUGUGGAAUUGUAUCGGCGUCUUGGGUUUAUUCACGCUGGAAAGGCGACUCUUGUUGAGGCUCUUAUCGCGAAUGGGGAUGAGCACCUUAUUCCGAAGGAUGGGAAUGAGGCGAUGUUCUCGGUACGGCAGGGGCUUAUCAUGAUAUCGCGGAUAUCACGCUCUUAG